AUGGAAGCAGCAGCUAGGAGUUGGAGAAGAAGCUCUUCUUCACAUUCUUUGUUUCAAUUCUUCAUAUUUUCACUUGCCAUUCUUCUCCUCAUGUUAAACGUUCCAACUGUCUCUGCAAGCGAAACUACCAACAAAGCUUCUCGUAAGACCUACAAAAGCUUCAUAAAGAAAGCCUGCAAUUCAGCCACAUAUCCCAGCGACUGCUACAAAUCUCUUUCCAAAUACGCACCCGCCAUUAAAACAGAUCCAGAGAAGCUCUACAGGGUUUCCUUAUUCGUCACUAUAAAAGCUGCUCGUAAAACAUCCUCCUCCAUAUCCACUCUUUGGAGACUAAAGGGUUUGAGUCGUACAGAGCGAGCCAUCGUCCGUGAUUGUGCUUCAACAAUAAGUUAUGCCAUUGACGAGAUGAAGCAAUCCUUGACGGUAAUGGCCAAUAUACAAGGCGCAGAUCAUAAGUCUGAAUUAAUAGAAAAUAUAAGGACAUGGGUUGCUGCUGCAUUGACAGAUGAGGGCACAUGCACGGAUGAAUUUGAUGGCCAGAAAGUGAGCUACGAAGUGAAUAAGAACAUCAAGAAGACUGUGUUGAAUCUCUCCAAGUUGACCAGCAAUUGUUUGGCUCUUCUCAAUACUCUCUCUAAUCGUAGCUAA